ACAUAUCGGUUUACACAAACAGCUGUUGUGCGCACCGCCAGAAUUGUUUUGUUUUGGUAUUUACGAUUUCAAAUUGAGUUUAAAGCAUGGCCGAGGAAUCCGAGGAACCUACCAAGAGCUUCGUUAUCUUCGGACGCGAUGUUGCCCAGAUACCAUGCUUUCGUAACAGUUUUCUGUACGGAAUAAGCGGUGGCAUUGGCAUCGGUGUGCUGACAUUUUUGGGCACAUCCCGGACACAUCUUUCCACACACGUGGGCUUUGGAUCCUUCUUCUGUGGCACCAUUGUGUACUGGAUGUCUUGCAGGUAUCAAUGGUCUGCGCGCCGGUUUGAGCAGCAGCAAUUACGUGAGGCCAUGCGCCGCCAAGCACUGUACGAAGGAACCGAUGUGGAAAAAGAAUUAGAUCUUAAGUCGGCGUAGUACUAGUAUUAAAAUAUAUAUUAAUUGUAUAUAUUUUACGCUUUUUGUGUGUGCAUGUGCAACUAGUUCAGGUAAACUUUUUUUAAAAAUUAUUUUGUUACUCAAAAGUUGUACCUUAAGAAACAUAAAAUAGAUUAUUUUGUAACUGAAAUCUUACCUAAAAGUAGAACAAGUAAGAGAUUUGUUGACUUAUGUGAAUGUAACGCACAUUAAUUGCUGAAAUAUGAAAGAUUUGCGUUGUCAUUG